AUGUUCCCUCCCUAUCCAACCGGGUGCCGUACCUUUACCGGUACCGAACCGACCGUGUUCCAAGGCGGCACGAAUCUCACGCCAACCAAGGGGAUGGUUUGUUCGCACUGGAAAACGGUCAAAUUCAAAGCCCAACCCCCGGCAGAUGCUCGGCAGAAUGCCGGCAGCCUAUCGACGAUGUUAACGCGGGAAAGCCAGAGCGCGCCGGUGCUCGUUCUCGAGCGCCAGCUGCGGCUACGUGUCGGUCAGCUGAAGCUGGUCGACCGUGCAUCGUCCAUCGGACCGGACCCGAACGGACGGCGACCAGCAGUGGCCGCAUGUCCCGAGCGUUUGCUCCAGCCACCGGUCAGCUUUUAGUCGCCUGUCGAUGACCGCUCGGUAAGGACUGGCGCUCAUCCGCUCUGUAGCUCUGGCAGCAACGCCCGAAAGGAUCAACAUAUCUCCAGUGUCCUGUGUCUGUGUCCCCUGUGUGUUUGUGGCUUCCUCUACGCCAGCAAGUGUCGUGUGUUUGCGUGUGUUUUCGAAUCUCUCGUUGUCUAACUAUCUAACCGGAAGUAUCCAUGUGGGAAUGAAAGUUGUGGCAUAAAUGCGAUCGUGGGAUCCAAGAAGAGCAAAGUUCCAAUUCUGAUUAACAGUUCACACUCUGCAUCGAUCGUUAGGCCUAAUAUAGUGGAGUCGUAAUAGUUUGACGGCCAUUUAGAUGCACAAUAAUCGUACGACGAAAGUGUAGCCAGUGUCAGAGAUUCAUGCAGCAGCACCAGACACCGCCUGCUAGCGACCAUAGCAGAUAGUUUGAAUUUGAAUUUUAACCAACUUUCCGUUCCAAGUCAUUUUACAUCCUCGAUGCCGCGGCAGGUUGUGACCGCAUUCGGCUUCCCAUUGGCGGGACCGGGUGCCGGGACGGCUGCGGGCAUUGCAGGAGAAUAGAAGCAUCGGCCAAAUGUUCCUUCUAGAAUGCAGAUCCAUGCAGUAAUACACCAAGAGGGCGUAGAACUAGAUGCUUAAAGUAAACAGUUUGCAUGAUUAUGAUAUGAAACGGGAUGCAAAGGGAUACAAAAGAAGAUGUAAGGCUCCAUAACAUUUAGUGUUAGUGCAACGUAGUGUCAGCAUGGCUUUUGAUUACUUAGCUCCAGCAGCAAACUAAACUAACAACAACAAUCGCAUUCACUAACCGAUAUGUACAUUUAACCAUUGAAUGAACCAUUUGUAGAACCACUCUUAGGGAACACCUUCGAGGCAUAUUUAUUGAGCAAUCAAAUUGAAAUGAAUGAAAAUGAAAAACAUAUAAAAUAUCGAAUGAGCAGAUGGGGGAAAUUAUGCAUUCACACAUGAAAAAAUGAUACAAGAUUGAUACAAUACAUGAUUCCUAAUCGCAUGAACAAACGUAUAAGAUGAGAUAACCAGUCAUUAACUGUAACUAAAUAACUGUAUAAACAAAUAUUCUACGAAUAAAUUAAGAUCACACAUCG